AUGACGUCUCUGAGGCAGCGCAAGGGCGCGUCGAGCGACACGCCGUCGUCCACCACAGGAAGCGCGUCUUCUUCUGCGUCGGAUGAGCCCUCUUCGGCGUCUGUAGCGCGCGUGAACGAGGAGGAGGAAGUGAACGACUGGCCGUCCAUCCUGCUCCUGCUGCUGCUGUACACGCUGCAGGGCAUCCCCAUGGGUCUGUCCAGCAGCAUCCCCUUCAUUCUGCAGGAGAAGGUGGGCUACGGAGACCAGGCCACCUUCAGCCUCGUGUCGUGGCCCUUCAGCCUCAAGCUCCUGUGGGCGCCGUUCGUGGACUCGCUCUACAGCGAGCGCUUCGGCCGCCGCAAGUCGUGGCUCAUCCCCGUGCAGUUCACGUGCGCCGCACUCAUGGUGGUGGGCAGCUGGUUCAUGAACGACAUGCUGGGCGAGGGCGAGGGCCAAAAGCCGCACGUCAUCUACCUCACGGCCUUCUUCUUCGUGCUCUACUUCAUGAUGGCCACGCAGGACAUCGCCGUGGACGGUUGGGCCAUCACCAUGCUCUCCGAGAAGAACGUGGGCCACGCCUCCACGUGCAACACGGUGGGGCAGACGGUCGGCUACUUUGUGGCGUACGUGGGCUUCCUGGCGCUCAACGACCCCGGUACGUGCAACAGCUACCUGCGCAGCGAGCCGCAGGACGAAGGGAUGGUGUCGCUGCCGGGCUUCAUGAGCUUCUGGGGAUGGGUCAUGUUCUUCACCACUCUGGGCGUGUGGCUCUUCAAGCACGAGAAGCCGGAGGACGAGAACAGCGAGCGCCUCACCAUUGCUCAGACCUACUCGCAGAUGUACUCGGUGCUGCGUCUGCCCAGCGUCGGGUCGCUCUCUGUGGUGCUGCUUACGAGCAAGAUUGGCUUCGCCGCUGCGGAAAGCGUCGCGUCGCUGAAGCUUGUGGAGUACGGCAUGAAGAAGGAGAAGCUGGCACUGCUGACGCCGAUCCUCAUCCCGCUCGGCAUCGUGAUCCCGGUUUUGAUCGGUCGGUGGAUCAAGCCUUCGCAGCCGCUCAACCUCUUCCUCUGGGGCUACCCCGUGCGGCUCGCGGUGGGGCUGCUGUACGCUGGGCUCGUGUACAUUACGCCCAUGGCCAUGGCGCAGGACGAAAGCUCCCACUUCAUGUUCUACGGUGUGAUUCUGGUGAUUGGCGCGCUGCACGAAGUCGCGGCCAACAUGAUGUACGUCCCGCAGAUGGCCUUCUACGCGCGCAUCAGUGACCCGUCCAUUGGUGGCACGUACAUGACUUUCCUCAACACGGUCACGAACCUGGGCUCCAAGUGGCCGAACUCGCUCAGUCUCGCUGUCGUGGACCACCUCACCACGCGUGAGUGCCUGGGCGGCUACUUCCACGACGAAGUGUUGACGAUCGGCUCCCGCACGUGCUCGAACGCUGAAGAGCGCGAGGCUUGCGCCGAAGCUGGCGGCGAGUGCCUCAUCGUGCGUGAUGGCUUCUACGUGGAGACCGUCAUCUGCUUGGUGAUCGGGUUCGUCUGGCUCCUCUUCUUCUACCGCCGCAUCCAAUUCCUUCAGAACCUCAAGAUCGACAAGUGGCGUGUGAAUGCCACGGCCGACUAG